AUGGACCCUGUUUCAAUCCUAAAAAGGAUGGCAGAAUUGAUAGAGAAAGAAACAGAGGCAUAUUUCAAAAUGGAUCCUGAUCCUUUUGAUGACAGACAUCCAGGUUUAGCAAAUCCCAACUGUACUCUUGGACAUUUGAUGAAAGCACUUUUCAACAAUGAAACCUUCAUGAAUAAGUUAAUUGGUACUUAUAUAAAUGAAGGAGGUUGGGAAAAAGAGAUGUCCAUACAGCUGCCUGAGGGUCUUGUGAACAGAUUGUUUCAGUGGGCAAGUACAGAUGAAGACCCACUAUGUUACUAUGCAGCUGGUUUGUUGGCUCUUGCUAUGGAGCUUCAAGAUGUUGCCUCCAAUUUUAAGGACAAGAAUGCUGUUUUGGUUGCCCAACUUUUGACCAAAUUGCAUAAAUUGGGAUUAGAAUCAGCAAGUGAUGAUCUAGUCAAGGUUGAUAAGGGGACAGAAAAAGAAAAAUCUUAUUUCCACAUGUUUGCUAAGAAACCUGAUAAUUCACUGCUAGCUGAGCUUCUCUCCUCUGUACCUACCACUUCUCCAACUACAAGUUCUGGUUCCAUUACCUCCCUCCUUCCCAGUGUGAAGAGUACUCUUUGCUCUUCUAUGACUACCUCUCCAACGACUGCUACUACUGGCUCCAUGUCUACCUCAGAUAUCAAGAGGAAAUACAGUUUGGGGGCAUCGGAUAAUUCGGCCAAUGAACAGAAAAAACUUCGUAUUUGUGAAAAUUCUUGUGAAGCCAAUGAUGGUAUUCUGAAACCAAAUGCAACUUUGUUGAGUCGAAGCAUUGUCAACCGCAGAGAAUUCUGUCCCCAAAAGGAAGAGUCCAGUAACAGCAGUUGGUCAGAGAUGGCACCAUAUGUAAUUGGUUCUUAUUGUAUGGAUCCAAUGAGUGCUUCCAUGAAGCAACGUCUAAUUCUUCAUUAUCUCAUACCCAUGGGUGAAUAUCAAGAGUUACUUGGAAUUGCUUUUCAGUUCAAUGCUAUUGAUUUGAUUAUGCAUUACAUCAAUUUAAAAGAAAACAAAGAUGUUCGAUUGGCAUUUGAAGCAUUAAAAUAUCUUGCCACACUGAUAUGCCACAAGAAGUUUGCCACCAAAUUUUUGAAUUCAGAUGGUGUCCAGAGACUUCUAGAAGUACACCGUCCCUCCAUAGCUGCCACAGGGGUUUCUUUGUGUAUCUACUAUCUUUCCUAUUUUGAGGAAACAAUGGAGAGGGUCUGUCUAUUACCAGAACAUGUUCUCUCAGAACUUGUCAACUAUGUCCUUUGGUUACUGGAGUGCUCACAUGAAUCUAGUCGGUGUCAUGCAGCCAUAUUUCUUGACCAUGCAUUUGCAUUCCGUAUUAUUCUGGAUUUAUUUGACCAAAAAGAUGGACUCCGACGUCUGAUAAAUGUGGUCAGCACCCUCCCAAUUUUGAAUUUUGAUGCUUCAGUGGAGCAACCAAUGGAAAACAAAGUCUACACAAUGAGGCAGAUAGCUCGCUAUGUGUGCAUAGCCUUCAAGAAGUACAUGGAGGCUCAUCUGGUUCUGCAUGCUGAUGAAAUAAGAAGAUCUCAUCUUCGCAAUGAGAAUGGAUCCCCGGUUACAGAAAUGCCUGCCAAUAAGGCAUUAAAGCUGACUCCUGAAGUGGUCCAGGAGAACAUAGAGAUGUUGUUGGAUCUGAUGCCAAUGAGGAUGGUAUGGAGGCCUGUUGCCCAGUUUGAGCAAUUAGGUGGGAUUAGUCUGGUCAUUCAACUUUUGGCUAUUGCUCAAAACUGGAACAAUUACCCAAGCAAGUCAGAAACUUUAUGUAGUGCAAUGGAUGUCCUGGCUGUUUGUACAGUUAUGCCCCAAUGUCAAUUAGCCAUGUUGGAGCCCCUUCCUGUUGGAGUGGAUUACACUGCUUCUGCUAUCAAUAUUAUGAUUGGCUUAGCAGAAGGUAAAACUGUUCAAGAUCCUGAGGUACAAAAAUCUGCUCUUAAUGUUAUUAUCAACUGUGUUUGGGGACCAAUGGAACGACUUGGUGGUGGUGUUGGAAGAUUUAAAGGCACUGGCUCCAAGAAGAGAAUCAAUUGGAAGGUUGGUGAAGAUGUACUCAGCAAAAUGUGGGAUGGUAUUCGAGGAAACAAUGGAAUGAUGGUUCUAUUGAAAUUACUAUCUCAGAAGACUCCUAUUAGUGAAGCAGACAACAUUCGUGCAUUGGCUUGCAGAGCUCUGGUUGGACUUUCCCGUUCAGAAACUAUACGACAGAUCAUUGGAAAACUUCCUCUCUUUAACAAUGGCCUUUUGCAACAGCUGAUGAAAGAACCUGUGUUACAAGACAAACGGCAAGCCCAUGUAAAGUUUUGCAAAUAUUCUAAUGAAUUGAUUGAGAGAGUUUCUGGAAAACAUCAUAAUGCAAACAUUGAGGCUUCCUUACAAGACAUCAGAAAGGCAGAUAUAGUGGCACAGACAAAGAUUACUUUCCAAAAGAGAGAAUUACUUCAGUUGAUAUAUGAACACUUAAUGUCAGAAGGUUACCUGAGUGCAGCCUCUGCUCUUCAGAGUGAGGCCAAUCUACCUCGGAGCACUUCUCCACCAACAGUCCACCCAACCAACCCUUUGGUAAAUCCUAUUCAGACAACACCAAAAGCAUGUCGUCAGCUAAGUCCAUUGCCCACAAGUCACCACUCAACACAGACCCCUUCAUUAUUAGCACAUUCCUCAGGUGCCAAUGGAACCUUGGGUCCAGUUAGGUUCUCUCUGAAUAGACAUUCAGCUGCCUCACCAGUCAUUGCUACAACACCACUAAACAAAGUUGGUACAUCAGCUGGUGGUAAAUCCCAGUAUAUUACUGACAGACAAGAUGAAUUGAACAUAAAGAAAAUUCUUCAUAAACAUCACACAGACAAUGAGGUGACCUUGGAUGGCAUAGUCACUGAAUAUCUCAGGAAGCAACAUGCUUUAUGUAAAAACCCUAUGGUCACUUGUCCUCCAAUGUCACUUUUCACCCCACAUAAAUGUCCUGAUCCCCGUGGCAGCAGAUUUGCUCCCAAUUGUAUAACAGCCCGAGUUCACAGAUGCACGAUUUUCCCAAAAUUUGGUGGAAUUGAUGGAUUUAAAUGUCACAAAAAAUAUGUCUACAGCAGAUUCAAACCCAUUCGCACAUUCCGAGAUCCAGAUGAGGAUGGAUAUUCCUCUUGCACAUUUAUUUCUUCAAGUAAUUUUCUCUUGUUGGGAACUUAUUCUGGUGAUUUGAAACCUGUUAACAUACAGACUGGAGAGGAAGGGCCAAAUUACAAUUGUCACACAUCACCUAUCACUAACUGCCGACAGACUAAGGAGGGCAACCUUCUUGUUACUUCUGCUUCCUGGGGUACACCAUUGUCCUCUCUGUGGAAAAGUGCUGACAGACUUGAAAAUAAUUCUAAUUUCCCCUCCUACACUCCAAGGAAAAGUUUUCCUGAAGACAAUUACAUGGAAUUUAGUAAAAAGGUCCAAGACAAAUUGAUAGGUACUAGAGAAGAAAAAGCCUAUAUUUAUGACAUCAGUACAGGUCAGCAGUUGAUGGAAAUUUUUGACCAAGACAAAGCCAAUUAUUACACAUCAAACAGAGCUACUUUUGACCCUUCAGAUGACCUUGUUCUCAAUGAUGGUGUCUUGUGGGAUGUAAGGGUUGGCAAACCAGUUCAUAAAUUUGACAAAUUUAAUGCAGCCAUCAGUGGACUGUUUCAUCCUAUGGGUUUGGAAAUUAUCAUCAAUUCAGAAGUGUGGGACAUGAGGACAUUCCGCCUGCUUCACACAGUACCAAGUCUUGACCAGUGUCAACUCACAUUCAACUAUACAAAUGAAAUCAUUUAUGGAACAAUUCAUAUGCAAGAUGAACGAAGAAGAGACAAACGCUAUAACAGCAUAUAUGCUUCCACAUUCAGAACAUUCGAUUCCAGGGAUUACAGCUGUAUUUCUACCUAUGAUGUUAAGUCGAGAAGCAUAUGUAGCCUGGCUGCUGAUACCCGUGAAUACCACAUUGCUGUUGUUGAGACACAGCAAUAUGGGGACACAAAUGUGGAGGAAAACGUUUGCCGAUUGUAUGAAAUUGGCAAGCUGAAAGACGACGAUGAUGAUCAGGGUGAUGAUGACGACGAUGAAGAUGAGGUUAUGGACGAUGAUGAUGAUGACGACGACGACGAUGAUGAUGAUGAAGAAGGCCAUAUAGUACAUGUGUCAGCUCUGGGUGAUGGCUCUAGUGACAUUGAAGAUGACGAUGAUGUUGAUGAUGACGACGAUGACGAUGAUGAUGACGAUGAAGAUAUUGAAGAUGUUGACAACCUACUUGCUUCUGACUUGGCAGAUGACAUUCAGUUCUUCUUUCUGGCCACUGGUCAUCUACUUUUAUUCAAAUCUAUGCAUGUCAAGAGACUCUCAGCCAGAAAUUGA